CCACUCACAAGAGGCUACUGGAGCCAUCAAACCUGAACCGGCAUAAUCUCAUUAUUGCAUUGUCACACGUUCCUCACGCUUUUUGUUUUUUCCUGCACAGAUCAGGACAUCACAAUGUCUGAGGCGUAAGUAUCUAUCUAGUCAUGUCUAAUUUCCAGCACAAGUUUCAUCAAAUGUUUCACUGAUUUUUUCCCAAACUUUGAUCACUUUCUUGUCAUCUUUCUCAACAAUAAUCUACAACUCAAGAAUGAAACUGAAACCCAAGAUUUCGGCAUCACGAAGGUUGUUCCUGAAGACUAAAAUCCUGAAGCAGGCAAGGUCACUGCUUGCAACUGAGAAGGAAGAGAAACAGAGGGAGAGAGAAAGAGUCCUGAGUGAGACAAUUUCUCCUCUGGUACUCUCUGGCUUGUCGUUGCAGGAGCUACAGACAUUAUGUAGGGAACUCCACCAAAAGAGUGAUGCAAUAGAUGAAGAGAGAUAUGACAUUGCAGUCAAAGUGGGCAAAAAUGACAAAGAGAUUGCAGAGCUGUCCCAUAAAAUUUCUGAACUCAAAGGGAAAAUGAAGAGACCUGCCCUGAAGAGGGUGAAGAUUUCGGCUGAUGCCAUGCUGGGUGCUCUUCUGGGAGCCAAAUUCAGGGAGUCAGUGGACUUUAAGGCCAACCUCAAAACAGUCAAGAAAGAGGAAGAGAAGAAAGAGGAGGUGACUGACUGGCGUAAGAACGUGGAGGCCAAGUCUGGUAUGGAGGGCAGGAAGAAGCUGUUUGACGCUGGGCAAUAAAACCUACACUACUCUUUUUCAACACUGUUUUCUCUAAAUAAAUGUUUUUAAAUGUACAUCAA